AUCAACACAUACCAUUUUUUCACUUAUUUGGGUUUUAAAAGCAAUUUUGGCCAAGCAGGUGGUGCUUUUGGUGGAAAUAGGGGUGCAAAACCUGUACCGCCGGAAAAGGGCAUAUUUCCCUUGGAUCAUCUUCAUGAGUGUGAUUUGGAGAAAAAAGAGUAUGUUGACUGCCUCAAGUCCUCUAGAUUCCAAACCGAAAAGUGCAGGCAUUUGUCGAAGAAAUAUUUACAAUGUCGAAUGGAAAGGUAUGUUUAU